AUGCCGCACCCAUUGGCUAGCCUCCCUUACACCAUCCCCCGUCCAGUCCUACCACGUACCGCGCACUACGUAGUAGUGGAAAGCUCCAGGCAUUCUGCUCGCGUGGACUCCUGGACCUGGAACGCGGGUGGCCUGUCUGGCUUCGCUUUUUUCUCCUCUACUUGUGAGCUUACACCCAUUGCCUUUACUUGUCGUCAGUAUGUCUCUGCCCGCCGUGGCUUUUCUGGACUGGCCUGUCCACAGACCGACCCGGUGACGCUGAUCCGCCAGGCUUUGUCUCGCUCCAUGUCCACGGAUCCAGCGAGCCUGGAAUUUUCCAUAUCAUCAUUUGCGUACUAUUACCAGUCUGUGGACAGCCCAGUCAGCUCAGACACGCAUCACGAACCCAUCAACAGCUCCAUUCCAAAGGCCUCCAGGGGUCUCCCAAUUGUCCCCCUUGUUCGUCGUCACUCUUCGCCGAGGCCAGCUAAUUCACAAGAGCACAAGCAUGAAGGGGGACCCAUGACAAAACCAGCCCAGCCCCUCGGCCCGCUAUACCCCAUUUCCCAUUCAGUCUUACCAGUCCAUCGACUCUCGCAUCGAGACCGGCUCAACCGCUUCUUCUUUUUUUGA